CCAAUGGCACCUCAAAGACUAGCUUUGAUCAUACUUCUCUUAACCCUCACGUUCUCUUCUUCACUCUCUGACAAUGGUGGCAUUGCUGUGUACUGGGGCCAAGACGCUCGAGAAGGCAAUUUGAUAACCACGUGUAACAGUGGAAAGUACGCCAUUGUGCUCCUCGCUUUCCUCAACCAGUUCGGUUCAGGGAGAAUGCCAGCUGUCAACUUCGCCGGUCACUGCGAUGCUUCAUCGGGAAGGUGCGCCGAACUACAGCCCCAAAUUAGUUACUGCCAGGAGAAAGGCAUCAAGGUGCUCCUUUCAAUUGGAGGAGCCUCUGGAGGGUACUGGCUGAGCUCGGCGGAGGACGCAAAGAUCGUGGCAACCUACCUCUUCACCAACUUCCUCAGCGGCGAAUACGGUCCACUUGGAGGCGUCAUGCUGGACGGCAUCGACUUCGACAUCGAAAAUGGAGAGAAUUACUGGGACGAUCUUGCAAGGGAACUCGAUUUCUUACGGCAAACGACGGGGCGUUACUUUUACUUGUCGGCAGCCCCUCAGUGCCCAACAGACCCAAUCAACUAUCUCGACAAAGCCAUCGCCACCAAACUCUUCGAUUACAUCUUCGUUCAGUUCUACAAUAACCCUAGUUGCUCCUACACCAGUGGCACCGACGCCCUCUUGGAGUCCUGGGACAAGUGGGUCGACUUGGUAGCCUCCAACAACUCGCUCUUCUUGGGAGUGCCAGCAGCGUCCAGCGCUGGCGACGGUUACAUUCCGCCGGAGGUCCUCAACGACGAGGUGCUUCCGCACGCGAAGGAAGCCUCCAACUACGGGGGAGUCAUGCUGUGGAAUAGAUACCACGAUGUUCAGAAUGGCUACAGUGAUAGCAUACUAUCCAAUGUGAUUAAGUCCAAGUUGCAGGUGUCUGUGGCGUCCGUUUCCGACGCAAUUUACCAGUAGGAAGGUACAACCACCGUAGGCAUGUACUAUGCACGGAAUAAAUAACAUGUCAGCUAUGUUUCCCUUGCCUGAAGUCAUGCUCUGCAUGGUCUUGGGUUGCAAGUAAUGUAAUGGAUGUAAGUUGGAUUUGAAAUAAUGGAUGUUUCUUCCUGUA